AUGGCCGUAACAACUGAACAGGAUGAGCGCAAGCUCGAGGCUGGUGGUGUUGCUACGCCUCCCCCGCCGCCUCCCAGCAACGGCAUUCAUCCAGCACUCUACAUCGCGCUAUGGAUUGCCGUAAGCUCGGGUGUCAUCCUGUUCAACAAGUGGAUUCUCGCGACCGCAAAGUUCGACUUUCCGCUGUUCCUGACGACAUGGCACAUGGUCUUCGCGACCGCCAUGACCCAGAUCCUGGCGCGUGUCACCACCACUCUUGACUCGCGUCACAAUGUUCCUAUGGACGGGAAGACUUACUUGAGGGCUAUCGUGCCAAUUGGUGUCAUGUUCAGCUUCAGUCUCAUCUGUGGAAACUUGGCUUACCUCUACUUGAGCGUGUCCUUCAUUCAGAUGCUCAAGGCUACUAACGCCGUUGCAACUCUGAUUGCUACCUGGGCCUUCGGAAUGGCGGCUCCUAGCAUGAAGGUCCUCGCCAAUGUGUCCCUUAUCGUGAUUGGUGUUGCCAUCGCUUCUUUCGGAGAGCUGAAGUUUGAGCUCUUUGGAUUCCUAAUUCAAAUCACUGGUAUUGUGGCCGAAGCCUUGCGUUUGGUUAUGGUUCAGCGCCUACUGAGCUCAGCCGAGUUCAAGAUGGACCCCCUCGUGUCCGUCUACUACUACGCUCCUGCUUGCGCCGUCAUCAACGGUUUCUUUACCCUGUUGAUCGAGGCCCCUCGCAUGGGUCUGUCUGACAUUUUGGCCGUUGGUGUUUUCACGCUCAUCGCCAACGCGUUCGUCGCAUUCCUGCUCAACGUGUCUGUUGUGCUGCUGAUUGGCAAGACGUCGGCUGUUGUUUUGACCAUGUCGGGUGUCCUGAAGGAUAUCCUACUUGUCGUUGCCUCUAUGGUCAUUUUCGGCGACCCGGUCACCGGCCAGCAGUACUUCGGAUACGGCAUCGCUUUGGGAGGCCUUGUCUACUACAAGCUCGGCGCGGAGAAGAUCCAAGCCCUGACCACGGAUGCCCGCCUCCAAAUCGCCGAGGCCCGGCGAAACCACCCAGCUCGAGUCAAGAUGGUGGUGGCAUGCGUACUACUUGGACUUGUCACACUUGUCAUUCUCGGUGGAUGGCGAAACCUCCCAGAUACGACAUUGGCUACGCCGACGGCCUAG